GGCAACCCCGGAGUAGCCGCUUCCGUGUCUUUGCUAGCUGAUGCGUGACUUGAGCGGCAGUAAAAACAUCCACAGGACAACUUUGCAUCUUUUGACAAGAUGGUCGAUCAUUGUGAUGGUGAUGCCAAGGGUGAUGCCUUUCAUUAUGCUGAACUUAACCGCGACAGAAUAUAUAUGGACUAUAAUGCAACAACGCCACUGGAACCAGAAGUGGUACAGGCUAUUUCUGAGGCCUUACAGGAUGCUUGGGGGAACCCCAGUAGCAGUUACCAAGCAGGCAUCAAAGCAAAGGCUAUAAUCAGUCAGUCCCGAGAAAAUGUGGCAAGGAUGGUCGGAGGAAAAGCAGAGGACAUCAUUUUCACCUCAGGAGGAACUGAGGCCAACAACAUGGUGCUCCAUACUGCUUUGGAGCAUUUCAGGAGGCACUCGAAUGGGAAGCUUCCACACAUCAUCACAUCCAACGUGGAGCACGACUCCAUUAAACUAGUGGCCGAGCACCUGCAGAGGGACGGCAAAGUGGAUGUCACCUUCGUGCCUGUUUCCACGGUGACAGGCCAGGUGGAGGUUAGCGAUGUCUUGGCCGCCGUGCGCCCCGGCACUUGCCUCGUGACCAUAAUGCUGGCUAACAAUGAGACAGGCGUCAUCAUGCCUGUCCGUGAGGUCUGCCAGAGAGUCAAAAGUCUGAACAAGCAGAGCCAGCGUCUUCGCAUCCUCCUGCACACGGAUGCUGCCCAGGCUCUGGGGAAGAUCCAAGUGGAUGUACGCGACCUGGGCGUGGAUUACCUCACCAUCGUGGGUCACAAGUUUUAUGCCCCACGGAUCGGUGCGUUGUUUGUGAACGGCCCUGGAGUGACAACGCCGCUUUAUCCGAUGCUGUUUGGCGGUGGACAGGAGAGGAAUUUUAGACCGGGGACUGAAAACACACCAAUGAUUGCUGGACUGGGUAAGGCUGCAGAGCUGGUGACCACUCACGGUGCAUCUUAUGAACGCCACAUGCUGGACACCAAACUCUACCUGGAGGAACGCCUGAAGGCCACUUUUAAAGACAAGCUGCGUUUCAACAGCCAUUUUGUGGGCUCGGAGCAACUUCCUAACACAUGUAACGUGUCCAUCCUGGGUGCAGGGUUACAAGGCUGGCGGGUGUUGUCACACUGCAAGAAGCUGCAGGCGAGCGUGGGCGCCGCCUGCCACUCCGACCGCGGAGACAGGCCUUCACACAUCCUUUUGAGCUGCGGCGUCUGUCCGGAAGUGGCAGCUAAUUCCCUGAGGCUGAGCGUGGGCAGGAGGACCUGCAAAACGCACGUGGACGAGGUAGUGGAGGACUUAAAGAACGCCGUAGAACUGUUGGAGCAGACCAAGUAGCCCCCCCUGGCUCUUUAUUCAGCCUUACAAUUUUUUUUUAUACUUCACUCAAGGAUGGCACUCAGCAGAAGAACUAUUUGUAUUUGGCUCCGCCCUCCUUCUCUGAAGUCAGGACCUAUGCAUAUUUCAUAUUUUAAUGCUGUCUCAUGUUGAUACGUAUAACAGUGAGUGGUUCUUUUUGGCCCCACCUAGCCGCAAAGUUCUGUGGAACCUAGUGAGGUAUUUUUUGCAUACUAACUAUUAAUCCGCCAAAAGUAGGUUUAAAAUAUGCAGUAUUAGAGUAUUUCCUCAUUUUUCUCAAGCUGCCACAUUUCUUUUAAAGCAGGGCUUUUCUAAGUCUUUAUUAUGUUCCCCACAGGACAUCAUACAGCUGAUUUUCUGGAUCAUAUUUUGUGUUUUUUGCUCACUAUACUCUUGCUUUAACUCUCUGACCUUAGAAACUAUGAACCAGUCCAGUUUGCCUGUUAAAAAUAACUAAAGUUCGCUUAGCAGGUAAGAAAAAUCUACUUUUCUUCAUUUUUCUCAAGCUGCUGCUGAUGUCCCAGGGGUACAACCUUCCUGGCGGCUGCCAUGUAGUUAAUCCUUUUUCUCUGCUUGAAAUUGUAAAUAUAACUUUUUUAAUGGUAACUUCAAUAGAAAAUGGUUUGAUGGCCAAACAGAGUCCUGCAGCUAUGAAGCCAGCAGUGGGCGCCGUCUCACAAGUCAAUUCUCUCAACAUAUUCCAGCAGGAAGAUGCUUUGACGGGACGUGAGGUGUGUAACUGCACGUUUUCUAAGUACAGUAGUAGUAUAUAAUGAUGUGCAAAAAUGAAUCUAAAAGGUGUUUAAUACUGUAAGAGGCAUAUUAUGGGGUCAGAGCAGGGGUCUCAAACUCAAUUUACCUGGGGGCCACUGGGGCUAGGGUCUGGGCAAGGCUGGGCCGCAUCAGGUUUUCCAAAAAAAAAAACAAAACGCAUUUAUUAAAAACAGAAAAAUAUA